AUGGUCAGGGACUAUCUUCCUAUCAUUCGGGAGUUGCGAGCUAUGCAUACUCCGCGCUUCGAAGGCUCACUGAGUCCGGAAGUUACAGAAGAGUUGCUAGUUACCGUAACUCGAGACUUGGAAUAUGUCCAGUGCCCUCAUCGCCACCGAGCUACGAUAGCGAGCCAUCACCUGGCAAGACAGGCUCGACACUGGUGGGAGAAGGUGGUGCAAGAGAUGCCCGAGGGACACCGCUUUACCUGGGAGAAGUUCAAAGGGGAGUUCGAACAAAAAUACUACCGUCACCAGAACCAGGAACACCGCUUUACGGAAUUCUUGCAGCUGCAACAAGGGAACAUGACGGUCCGCGAAUAUGAAGUGGAGUUCAUUCGUUUGCUGAUCUAUGCAGGACAUCUGGUGCCUACGGAGAGGACGAAGAUCCAAAAGUUCAUCGCUGGACUACGACCCUAUCUUCAGAGAAAGAUAGAGCUCCACGAGUACCCCACACUGAGCCGUUACAUCAGCCAGCUAGAGAAGGCAGAGCGAGGAGAAAAGGAGGAGAAGGAGGAGCGCAUCCGAGAUCAGAGCCCUUAUAGGCGAUUCUUCGACACCCGACCUCCGGGGAAGAUCAGCCAGACAGGUCAGGGCAGCCAGCUACGAGACAAGGGGAAAGCACCCGCUGGUGGUGCACUACCACCAUCACCACCACACCGGGGACCACUAACCUGUUUCCGAUGCCAACAGCUGGGAUACUUUGCGGUCAACUGCACAACAACCGCAGAGGCCUUGGCGGCGGUUAGACCGCCACGACCAUCACCGAGAGCUGGAGUAGCCCCGAGGGUUUAUGUCCUUGCAGCUGAGGCAGAGGCACAGGAGGAGGAGGCCGAUCCUGGAGAAGAGGAAGAUGUUGCCAUCACAGGUACUCUUCGUCUUUGCGGUGUUGAGUGUUAUACGUUAUUUGAUACUGGAGCUACCCACAGUUUUUUGAACUUAGAAAAAGCAAAUACGGUUUGUACACCAUCGGAAGAGAUUCUUCCGGUACAUGGAACCUUACGGGGUGUAUCGCUAGACAUCUGCGGUCGUGACUUGGCCGCAGAUCUCAUAGUGGUACCGAUUGGCGGUUAUAGCAUCAUACUGGGCAUGGAUUGGUUGUCGAAGCACCGAGCUCUGAUUGAUUGUCAGAUGAGGACCAUAUGGUUUAUGGAUGCAAGCGGUGGGUUCGAAUUUUGGGGAAAAUGA